GACAAGAAAAAUAAAUUUACUUGUGAAUUAUGUGGUGAUCAAUUUAGUCGACAAAUUGCUUUAACUCGUCAUCUGAACACUUCACAUAAUAAUAAUAAUAAUGAUGAAAAAUCCAAACAAUGUGUUACAUGUGGAAUUACAUUUUCUACACUCAAAGAAUGGAAAUCUCAUUCCACAUUAUGCUGUAAUAAUAUUAAUAGUAGUGAUGGUGAUACAUUGGAACAUAUUUGUGAGCAGUGUGACGAACGAUUUACCACUGUUACACAUUUACGUUAUCAUAAACGUACUGCACAUCAGAGGAUUCGAACUUACGAUUGUGCAGAAUGUGGACAACAUUUUCUUCGUCUCAAUAGUUUCAAAUAUCAUUGUUGUAUAGAAAAAAAACCCACCAGCAUAAAAACUGAUGACAGCCUGGCAUCAUCUACAUCAAAUGAAGUAACUACAACACUUCACUCUUCCAACAACACAACCAUAAUAGUCACAACCACUGCCAAUCAGCAAUCAACCACAACAUCAACUCUCCCUCCACCUAUAUCAGAUAUUCCAACAUCGAAUUCAUUAUCAUCGUCAUCAUCAUCAAAUAAUUCAUGUUUUACAGCAAUUGCAAUCUUAUCCGCUUUAGUUUCUAGCUUGACUUCAGUAGCAGUGCCUGCCGCCACUGGUGCACUGACGCCGAAUUCAUUGAAAUCUAAUGACGACAAUGUUAUCAAUACAACAACGUCUAAUUGUGGUGAGUUUGGUUUCGAUUUCAUUCUGUGUCCAACUUGA